UUCCUCGCUACCAGCGAGGGGAUCGCAACUAGGUAACUAUUGACUCCGUUUCUUUCUGACGCUCGUUGUUUGCCCGUGCACCGGUCGAACAUCGGGUGACCGGGAGCGCGGAACAGCACCUCCUCCUGUCUCUUGACCGAUCUUACUUCCUCACGUCGGCACCAUGGGAAAACGCGACACGCGGUAUGCGUUCAUGAACCCAAUCGCGAUGGCGCGCCUUCGCGGGCCGUCCGGCGCCAGUGGUCCGACCAUCAAGGACUACCUGAGCCGCAACCGGCCCACCUGGGAAGAGGUGAAGCAGAUCAUCGAGAAGAAGAAGCAAGGGUCCAGCACGCUGGCCGCCUGGGAGGAACAUUUGAACAGCAAGUUCGAGGAGGAACUGCGCAAAAACCGAGAGCGCAUCAUGGCGGAGCGGGCUGCCGCCUCGACAUCGGGCACGGCGACCGCCGAUGCCUCCUCGUCCAAAAGCAAGAAGCGACGCCGCAGGUCGUCUUCGUCGUCCUCUUCCUCCUCCUCAUCGUCUUCGACGACGUCGAGCAGCAGCUCGUCCCGGUCCUCUUCGCCGAGCGCGUCGGAAGGCGGUCGCCACCACUCCGAGCACCGCAAACGAAAGAAGCGGCGACACAAGCACAGGAGCAAAAAUCGCUCCAAGUCCUCCAGCAAGGAGCCGACGACGUCGGAGGCGCGUAGCACUGACCGGGACCACUCGAAGAAGAAGAAAAAGAAGUCCAAAAAGAAGCACAAACGGCACAAGAAGGAGAAAGCCGAGUGAUUAAAAUGUUGUGGUGCAAUGAUUUUUUCAGUGACGGGCUCAAAAAAAGACACGUGAGAGCGACUUGGUGACCGUCAAACAUCCCGAGCUUUUUUUGUUCGUUGUGAUGAAAAUGUGUCGGAAAAGACGGCUGCGGCAACAGCCUUUUGUGAUUCGAGUUGCUGGCAUAUCUGAUGCGCCAUAAGACGCGUGUCGCGUCGUCCACAGAUGCCACGACAGUGAAGACGAUGUGAUCGCAGAGUUGUCGUGAUUGCGUCGUGCGUCAGGUGCGCACGGAUGACAUGAAUCAUGCACGCACAGCUGUUCCUAUGCCGCGGUGAAUUGUAAAGAGACAACAACAACCGUCUCUAGGUGCUCAUUAGACGGGUGUUUUCAAAAGUUCGAGCGGGCCCCGCAGUUCGUGAACGCGCUCGCCUCCUGAAUCAACAACGUCAAGCGGUGCCGUAAUUACCGACUGGCGCGCGAAGUACGUCAACCCUGCAAAGUUGCGCGCAGUGGCGGUGAACCGGAACAAAGAACCCGUUGAGGCGUCAAAAAUUAUUUCGUUAGCCGGUGUCAGGGAGUUGUUGCUACCCGGCUUUGGACACGCACAACCGUGCUCAGUUUUGCCUGUCCACCUGGUUCACGAGUAAAACAUGAGCUGGCCUGAA